AUGGCCACAACAAAGUCGCCGUCGCCCCAGAUGGAGCUGAACCCGCGCGGCAUCCCGAAAGCGCCGUUUGUGCUAACGUUCCAGGCAAACGUGGAGGACUAUGUCGGCACCAACUCUGUGGAGCCGAUAAUCAAGACGUUCCAAGAGACCUCGGCCAAGUACCGCUACAUGGAGCUGAACCUGCAACAGCGGCGGAAGGCCCUGCUGGCCAAGAUCCCCGACAUUGAGCAGACGCUCUCGGUCGUCAAGUUCCUGCAGGCGCGCCGGGAGCCCAAGCCCGCAGCUUCGGAUGAGAAGGACGAAACGGGGAGCAUGAACUCGGACGACAUUGAUGCGCUCCUGGACGGCGACGACGAGGAGGCCGAGGAAGGGGCGGAGCAAAAGCCGCUCAAGACGCUUUUCGAGCUCAACGACACGCUCUUCGCCGAGGCGACGGUGCAGGAGACGGGCGAGGUGGGACUGUGGCUUGGCGCCAACACGAUGCUGCUCUACCCGCUCGCCGAAGCUGCCGCCCUGCUCGAGGAGAAGCUCGCCUCGGCCAAGAAGUCGCUGAAGGAGGCCGUCGAGGACCUCGAGUGGAUCCGCGAGCAGGUCACCGUCAUGGAGGUCAACUUUGCCCGUGUGCACAAUUGGGACGUGAAGCGCCGCCGCGAGCAGAAGAAGCACGAGAGCGUCAUGGGACACAAGGACGAGGACGAGGACAAGUAG